CUCUGGAAGUUUUUGGGAUUUCCAAAGAAUGGCAACUUUAGCCAAAGACAGUUGAAAGAGAAGUUGGAGGAAUACGAGCAGGGGAAAAUUAAGAAAAUACAGAAGCGGAAACAGAAAGUCAUUGGUAAGUUUAUGGUAUGUGGAAAGAAGAGACUGAUAAAGGAUUUAGGCAGAGUAGAGUAGAGUAGGGACUACUGAUCAAUGUGUUCUGGCUUCUCCUACUAGAGUGGAUGUGGACCUGGACUGCCCUACAUCUAGCCAACCUCCCUCUUAUACUGCUUUGUGAAAGUGAGCGGUUCCUGAAACACGGGCAGAAAUGCCGCCGAAGUUGUCUCAAGAUAGUCCCCCUCCUGCCCGGAAGAUUUAUCCUUCACUCGCGGCCAACCUUGGUGCGACGUCCCCAACUGCUGGGAGAACAUUUCUGACUGCAAACAGAAACAGUGGGAAAGAGUCACAGACUAUCAUAAUAGACUGCGGGAUGGGCCGCAAACCAGACGGGGCUAAUGAUUCUCCCCGGGAACAACAGUGUAAGAUAAGACUGGUUGCAGGUCUGCUCCCAGAUUUGCAGAAACAUGUAAAAUAGCACAGCGUGGCCUUGGACGAGGGCCGCAUGGAAAUCAUUUGGCUGUAUAUCAAGCAUGCUGAAAAAGUCUAUGAGGGCCGAGAAGAUAAGAAGAAAGACAAUAAAGGGAUGCGUGAAACGAAACUACAGAUGGCCCAACUAGGUUUCUACAGCGGCUACGACCAAAGAGGCCGAGGACGUGGUAGAGCUAGAGGACGAGCACAGACUCAAGGCAGAGGAGGAGGUUAAGCUAAUCGCUACAAUUCAGACAAUGCCUGCCUCUGUUGUGGUUCGCUUGAACAUUGGAUUCGCAAUUGUCCUGAAAAGGACACGAGAGAAUAUGGCCAAAGGAAUAGAGACAAUUUUAAUUAUGGUGGAUUUACAGUGAAUAAUCCAAGAGGAACACGUAGGACUGAGAACUACCAAGAGGAGGAGUAUUGACGGUCAGAGGGGGCUGGUCAGGACAUAUCUACCGGCGAGAUCAAUCCAUUGCAUGACCCCGCAUAUAUUGAUGUUAUGCAGACACAUAAUGUACAAGCAUUUAGAGAACAGGGAGCUGGCAUGCCGGGACACCAUGUUGACGUUUGACCAGCUCGUCGACAUGGCGAUCCGGCUGGACAACCUGCUAGCCACCCACGGACACACCGGGAAUGAUCUGCCCCCUCCGGCACACCCCGUCGUCAGACCUGAACCCAUGGAGGUGGGAGGCACCGCACAAAGGGAGACAGUGCGGCCUAGGGAGUGUUCCUUUUGUGGGAGGAAGGGGCACUCUGCCUCCCACUGUUUCCAGCAGAAAAGGGUCGAGCAGAGAAAGCCUGACACCCCUACACAGAGUCAGGACACGUUUGAAAUAACAGAGCAUCCUGCAUUCUUGAUUCAGUGGCGGAUUCAGGAGACCAAGUAUAAAUGGAAAAUUAUUUUGGGAUUUAUACUGCUGAUAAUUGUUCUUGCAGUAACUCUUCUGUUGUGGCUUUUUUGGUAGCUUGGAGAAUGCUUGUUAAAGUGAAGUACAGAGAACAUCAAAAAUAUGUCAAGGUUACUGAGAGUGAUGGGAACUAUGAUUACCAGCUUUUCCACCAAGCAGUAAUUGACAAAUUUGGUCUGCCCCCUGACACUGAGAUCAUUUACAAAGAUUCCUCGGGAACAGAAGUUGACCCGGACAUCUUUUCCGAACUGUUGAAUAAAGGGGAGGAUUUGUUGAAGGUCUAUGUGACUGAUGAUUUUGAGGAUGUAUCAGUGUGCUCCGAAGGAUCAUACCCUUCAGAUGCCUCCACAGUCGUGCUGGAUGAAAGCCAGGGUGAGACCCAAAGCAAGAAAAUAAGAAAAGAUGACCAAAGGAGCAAAGAAGCAGCCAAAAAUAUGGUCACUGAAGUUCUACAAAGAAAGCCUGGGGGGGAGAAAAUCUUUCAGGAGUACCAAAAAACCAUGUCACUGUCAGAUGGAACCAGACGACAGCUUGUGAAUAUGUUGGUUGCUGAUAUGGUGGAGGUGCAUGGACGGAUUCCUCCGCAGGCUGUACGAAUCAACUAUGCCCAAGGUAUUGUGGCCUUGUUCCCAUACCUAGAGGACCCAUUGGCGAAGCAUGGAUAUGAACACUUCUAUGAUCCAGCGUCAGGUUCCGGGUACCUUUCUUGGCGUCUUAAGACUGUGCAACGAAGUUCAUCUGAUCAGUCUAGGUCUCGGGUAGCAGAUGAACAGUGCAAUGGUGGUCCAAAAGCUGUAAGAGGCUCAGCUACUGCCGUACAACAACUGACUGAUAAUGAGUGUGAAGAAGCAAUAGCUGUGAUGAAUCAUUCCUCUGAUGAAGCACUAGUUGCUGAGAAAAUGAAGGCCACUUUUGAACACAGGCAGAAACUGGUCCAUGAUCCUGACAAGUCUGUGGAGGUCCUGGACACUUUCCCCAGAUUUCUUGACAUAACUGGCCUUAUUGAGCAGGACUUCCUGAAGCUUUUCGGAGAGGAGACAUCCGGGAAGUUCUUAGCCAGAUGGCCAACGUUUUUCAGACCACACAUCAUCAAAGAUGCCAAAAGGCUAGGACCCUGUCUCCAUGUUGAGGCACUAAUACGGUCUGCACAAGGUGACGGUGAUGGUGGGUCACAAAAAGUCUGCAAAAAUCAGUGCCCUUCAGGCAGAGGACUACUUGGUGAGGUAUCUGCAGGUUGGUGCAAGCAUUUCAAUCUUCUUAUCCAGUCUGGAACCUUCUCAGCCCUUCCUGCUUUGUGUCGGCACACAAAAAAACAAGAUCCAGAAGUACUAUGUCAUCAUGGACAAAAAGGCAAUUCCAUGCCGAGCACACACAUCAAUUGCAGCAUUUGACGAGCUAUUUAAAACACAUUUUGUAUUCAGAACAUCGUACAGCGAGGCACUGGAUGGGUUUUACACCUUUAUCCAAACAGCAGUUUACAACAUUGAUGUUGGUAAAACAAAAGAGAAGCCAAGAGUGAGGGAACUAAGG